CGUGGCGUGCUCGCUUUGGCCAUCCAUGUCCCUCGUGUUGGACACUAGAGCUGUCCACAUGCACCCAUACUGACCUGGUCACGAAUCGCCUUGAGAGACUGGGAACUCACCCGCCUCCUUCCCCGGACUAGGGGGAAGUGGGGUGAAGGAGGCGUGCCGGGAGGGAACCUGGGGGAGGGGUGGCCCGUCUCCCAGGCUGGGCGUGGGCCGGGCGAGGUCCCCAGCCCACCGGGCCGGGCCAACAAUGGCCUGUUGUAGAAGGAGGCGGGAAGGAAUGCGGCCUGGGGAGUUGGGCGGCGGCGGGGCGGGGCCCGGUUGAGCGGCUGCCCCUUACCUGGCCAGGUAGCUCGCAGUUCCCGGCAAGCGGCGGCGCCCGCAGCACCUGUCGCCCGGUGCGCGGGCGGGGAGGACGGCGGGGGACAUGGCCUGGUAGAGUCCCCUGGGGAGACCGUGCGGAGUUCAGUCCGGGGCAGGGCAGGGCAAGGGAGGGAAGGUCCUUCCCUGGCGCCCGCGCGGGCUGCGGCAGCAUGAAAAAGAACCAGACCGUGCAGGGCACCUUCAGCAAACUCUUCGGGAAGAAGCACACCACCAGCCCCAGCACCUCCCUCUACGCCACCAACCCGCCCUGGAUCUUCACCCAGGAGGCCCCGGAGGAGGGGACCGGGGGCUUCGAUGGCAUCUAUUAUGGAGACAAUCGGUUUAACACGGUGAGCGAGUCAGGAACAGCCACGCUGAAAGCUCGGCCAAGAGUCCGGCCCCUGCUGACCUUCCUUCCGCUGAAUGCCCAGGAAAACCAUGGGCUGGCUGUCCCCACCCCCUCAGUUCCAGAAGACUUCGCAGACAAAGAAGUGACAGGUACCAGCUCACUAGUCAAUGGCAACCUCCGACUGUACAGCUCUGUGGGUGACCUGAGGCCUGGGCAGUAUGGCCAGGAUCUACUCAUCCCCCCACCUCCCCCAGGCCCAGCCCCGGGGCCCCCCCAGGACAUUUCACAACCUCCAGGGGAGUUGCCACUGCCAUCUCCACCUUCCACAGCACCCCCACCGCCUCCCCUGCUGCUGGAACCCCCACCCCCGCCCAGCAUGGCCCCACCUCCACCCCCAGUAUUGGAGGCCCUGUCCCCACCACACACUCUUUCCUCCCCAUCCACACCCACCCCUCCUGACUUCAUUCCCCCUGCCCCACCCUUGGCCUUUUUAGCCCCCCCACCACCUCCUAUGCCAGCCCCAGCACCCCCAGCUCCAGCAUCUCCUCACACAGUGGGAACUCGUCUCUUUCCUCCUGGGGGUGUCACCAAGUGGAAAUCAGAUGUAGCACUGAAUGGCAGGCAGGCAGAGGCCACCAGAUUUAGCCCCCCGAGAAGCCCUGCUGAGCCAAAGGGGAGUGCCCUGGGACCUAACCCAGAGCCCCAUCUCACCUUCCCCCGUUCUUUCAAAGUGCCUCCCCCAACCCCAGUCAGGACUUCGUCCAUCCCAGUUCAGGAAGCACAAGAGGCUCCUCAAAAGGAAGAGGGGGCCACCAACAAGGCUCCCAGCCGACUCCCACUGCCUCCCAGCUUCCAUAUCCGCCCCGCCUCCCAGGUCUACCCAGACAGGGCCCCCAAGCCAGACUGCCCUGGGGAGCUCAGGGCCGCAGCACCAGCCAGCCCAAGGCUGGGCCAGUCCCAGUCCCAAGCAGAUGAGCCCCCAAGAGUUGGGACUCCGGGGACUCCGCCUCCAGCCCCUCCCCUGCCCCCUCCUGCAGCCCCCCUCCCUCCCCCACCACCCCCACUUCCCCCAGCUGCACCUCCUUUGCCCUGUGCUCAGAAGGCAGCCCAUCCACCUGCUGGAUUUACAAAACCCCCUAAAUCCAGCUCUCCUGCUCUCAAACCCAAACCCAACCCCCCCAGCCCAGCGGACACAGCCUCUUCAGCACCUGUGGACUGGAGGGACCCCAGCCAGAUGGAAAAGCUGCGGAACGAGCUGGCGGCCUAUCUCUGUGGCUCCAGGAGAGAGGACCGAUUCCUCAGUCACAGGCCAGGCCCAACAGUGGCCCCUCAGAGCAAGGAGGGCAAGAAGGGCCCCAGCAUGCUCGAGAAAGAGACUCCCCCGAGCCCGCCAGCAAAGGACACUCCCCCAGGUGUUCCUGAAAAGAGUCUUGGCGGCAGCAGCCUGACAGAGACAGAGGCUACCCCCAGCCUGGCCCUGCCCCCUGUGGACUACAUUCCCCAAGACUCUCCAACUCCCAGUGUGCGGCAGAUCCGGAAUGAGCUGGAGGCCCGGCUCUCCUCAUCAGCAGAGAAGGAGGCCAAGCCCAGCAUAGGAUCUCUACCCCCUAAGCCUUGGCUAGAAGGGGGAAGAAUUUUUGAAAAUGGGGCUGAUAAUGACAAACUCUCCAAGCCUGUGGCCAAGAAUCUGCCACCUCAAUCUACCACCCUGCUGCCAAUCACACCACUCCAGCCCAAGGCCAUGUUGGGACCAGCCACACCACCCAAGGCCACAUCUGGGUCAGCCACACCACCCCAGGCCACACCUGGGCCAACCACACCACUCAAGGCCACAUCUGGGUCAGCCACACCACUCAAGGCCACAGCUGGGCCAGCCACACCACCCAAGGCCACACCUGGGCCAACCACACCACUCAAGGCCACAGCUGGGCCAGCCACACCACCCGAGGCCACACCUGGGCCAACCACACCACUCAAGGCCACAGCUGGGCCAGCCACACCACCCAAGGCCACAUCUGGCCUGGCCAUAUCAUCUACAGCCACAACUCUGCCCACCACCACAUCCCAACUGAUGGCAGAGAAAGACUCAGGGCCAGCUGGGCAGCCAGCGAAGCCAGCAUCUCAAGAAGUUUCCACUCCCUCCCAGCAAAGGGGAGAGGGGUCCCCCUCAGAGGCCACUAGGCUGCCCACACAGGGAGCCCACUCAUCUCCAGCCCUCCCACCAAAGACAUCUCCUGGUGGAGGAGAGGUGCCAUGUCUCUACAAGCCCCACUGCCACCAGAGCAGCCUCAGCCGUGAGGUUGCUGUGGUGAUGCCCACCCUGGCCAGAGGAGGGGCUGCAGGGCCAGGGGAGCCCGUAGAGGUGAAGGAGCCCCCAGGGCUGCCAGCCAAGCCCUCUGCCUCAGCCCAGCCCACUGAUGAACUCCUCAGGCACCCGGUGACUGGGGAGGUGGUGGAGCGGGGCUCACCGAUGGCCCUGCUCCUGGCGGCCAGGCAGAGGGCGCAGAAGGGGAGACCUGGAGGGGCUGCCCUGGGUCGGUCCUCUCUGCCAGGAAGUCUCCGUGACCACAGCCACCAAGCCGAGGUCAGCUCUGACAGCAUCUUCCACAGCCAAGGCAGGCCCAACUCCUUCACUGUGGUGCCCAAGUUACCCAAGGAAGCUGAGAAGGACUCCCCGCUGACGAUCGAAAUACCCAAUAAGUGGGGGCCGCGGCCGGGAAGAGACGCCGAGGGCACAGAGCCGAGCCGCAGGCACAACUGGACAAAGCCGGAGCCCCAGGCCCCUGUGGCCUGGGAAAGAGCUGCUACCUCCAACCUCCCCCAGGGCCACCCGCUGCCCAAGUCCUUCUCCUCUCCACCUUCUCCUUCGUACAAGAGAGAGGAGGAGGAGGAGGAGUUCAACUUCGAGGUCAUCCCACCGCCGCCAGAGUUCAGCAAUGACCCUGAGCCCCCGGCCCCGGCCCUCCAGUAUCUGGGCCGCCGGAGCUCCCCUCCCCGGAACAACUACUCAGACUUGGGGCAGCCCCCGAACGCUGGCCCCGGGGCGCCCCCGGCUCUCGGCUUCUCGCGCUUUCCCGUGGGCGCGCGCUACGCCGGGGCUGGGGGCCUGGAGCGCUUCUCGGGAGGGGGCCGCUCGCUCAUAAAGAAGCGCCUGUACGUCGGGGAGCCGCACCGCGGCCCAGGGAUGCCCCGCGGUGGCACAGGCCGCAGCCUGAGCCCUCCCAACUGCUUCCGGCCGCAACCCGGAGGCCCCGAGAUGCGGCGCGUGAACUCGGCGGGUCGCGCGCCCCCCGGAGGCCUGCAUGCAAGGAGGCUGUCCCUGGAGGGCGCCGCCCGGGGCGCCGCGGAGGCCAAGCACAAAGCGCCUGGCAGCGCCCCAGCUGCUGGCAGGUCUCCCCACACCACCACCCGCUAUGGAAGCCCCAUCAACACGUUCACCGUGAGGCCUGGGACCCGCCAUCCCAUCUCCUAUGCCUGCUCAGGGGCCCAUUGGAAAGCCACCUCCUGAGCCAGGGGCUCUCUUAGCUCUAUUCCAACAAACUGUGUCCUUAAGGAUCUGGGCACUUGUUUCUUGUGGGGGGUGGGAGGUACACAGCAGCUGUUAGGCGACCUGACUCAGACACAGAGGAGUCUUUGAUCCCCAAAGACCAACGAUGAGAAGCAGUGGCCCAGGAAGAUCAAGAGUGGGCUUCUGUUUCUCAAAGCCUGGUGUGGCUGUGGACUGUUUACAUAUCGGGGGUGGGAGGGGAAGGAGGUUAGAGAGGAGGAACCAUUAAGGACCUGGGCGCUGAGUUUCUGCUCUCUGGUACUAUCUGCUUUAGCAAGAGUUAUUUAAAACAGUUUUACAAGCACGG